CCCUCCGCUUCUUCCCCUACCCUUGAGGCUUUGCUCUCAAAAAGCGCUGCCGUCACUGAUGACGACAUCACCGCUGUUGCUCCUCUUCAUAAUCAUCAUCCUGUUCCUCAUCAGUUUCCGCAGGUGUCCGCCGUUGAAGGCUCAUCCUCCUCCGCGGCUGAGCCUUUUGCCAAUGGGAUUCAUGCUGCGGUGGCAAGUGGAGUCUCAGCACCCUCGUUAUCAUCAGGAGGCGGUAGUGGUGAAGGAGAAGGGGCAGUUGCGGUGGCAAAGGAGAAGAGAAGGGCGGUGGAGGAACCAGUGGACAAGGCCAGCCUUCAGAAGCAGAGACGCAUGAUCAAGAAUCGUGAGUCUGCUGCUAGGUCUAGGAACGCAAACAAGCUGAAAAGAAAGAGGUUGAAGGAGAAGAAGGAGGUGCUUGAUGAGAAUGAGUGGUGGGACAAGAUAGGGAAGAUGAAGAUGCUUGGGAAAAGAAAGCCAUGCUUAUAAUAAAGGGAAAACUCUAGUUGUAAGCAAAGUUCCUUUGCCUGAUUACCGUGCAGAUCUUGACGAGCGUCAUGGAUCAACACAGAAGGAAAUAGAGUAUAUCUUCCCUUUUUCAAUGUCUGAUUUCUGUUUUGUGUGGAAGGAUUUAGAAAUGUACUUAACUUUUUUAAGUGUUCUGUAAAUUAGAAUGUCUACAGACAUUGAACAAAGAGUAGGAAAUCUUUUGAAUAACUCACAAUCAGUGGGGGAAGCGUCUGCUAGUUUUCCUUCUGUAUCCACUGACUUGGGAUAGAAACAAUCAUUAACUGCUACGAAAUCUGUCUCUUCACAACAGAGUGAUUCUUCAAAGGAUAAACUUAAUGUUGCUCUAAAGGAAAGGCAGGAACAACAUAGCUUCCACAAUUCAUUCUGAAAGAGGAAAUAGGAUCUUUGCGCUGGGGCUGAUUGCAAACUAAUUUGUACUCAACCUUGUUUUUACUUAACCUUGUUGUAAUUUAUGUUAUUUGAUACUAGUUUUUUUGCCUAUUUCAUCAAGUUGUUUAACAAUAUUUGGAUCUUAUGCAACAAUGUUAUUUGAUUUUUUCCUUAA